UAUUUUUUUUGUUUACUCAUUACUGUUUUGUGUGAAUUUAAUUAGGCUGUAAGGUUUACUAAAAUGUGAUUUUCGGACUUCAUCGUGACUCAUGAGUUAAUACUAGCCCGGCUGCACGAUGGUGCUGUAUCUUCUUAGUCAGUGUGUGGCCGGCGGCCGUUAGCGCUCCUUCCCUCCGUCCUCCUCCGCCAUUCAUCUCUUCCGCCAUUUUGUCCCCACGUUUCUCAACCCCGGGUCUCACAUGUGAAACUCUGUUGUUGCCAUUUUCCUCCUCCGGACGAACGAAAAGGGCUCUAAUCAGUCCGUGUUAAAGAGUGUGAACAGACGCAAUCAUGGCAGAGGCGGACCGCCCUGGGAAGCUGUUCAUCGGUGGUCUGAACACCGAAACCAACGAGAAAGCCCUGGAGCAGUACUUCAGCAAGUAUGGCCGGAUAGUGGAAGUGCUGCUGAUGAAGGACCGCGAAACCAACAAGUCGAGGGGCUUCGCUUUCGUGACUUUUGAGAACCCGGCAGAUGCGAAGGACGCUGCGAGGGAGAUGAACGGAAAGGUGUCUCUUGAUGGUAAGCCCAUCAAAGUGGAACAAGCAACAAAGCCUCAGUUUGAGUCAGGACUGCGCCGUGGACCCCCAUCUCUACACCCACGCAGCCAUGGCAUACGCGGAGGUCGCGGUGGUCCAGGAGGAAUGAGAGGCCCGCCCACGAGAGAACCAUUUUUUAAAGGGAUGUCACCUCGAGGCCCACCACCUAUGAAGAGAGGUCCCCCGAUUCGCAAUGGAGGCCCCCCUCCCAAAAGACCAGCACCCUCUGGACCAAUUGGCAGGCCUCCCAUGUCCAGAGAAAGAGAUCCGUACGGACCUCCUCCCCCUCGCAGGGAUCCCAUGAUGUCCAGAAGGGAUGAUUAUCCGUCCCCCAGGGAUGACCACUAUAGCUCCAAGGACAGCUAUUCCAGUCGUGACUACAUGAGCUCCAGGGACUCUAGGGACUAUGGGCUACCACCACGGGAAUACCCUUAUCGCGACUACCCACACUCGAGCUCCCGGGAUGACUACGGCUCUAUGUCGCGGAGCUACAGUGACCGUGACAGUUACGGAGGAGGCCGUGAGCCCCGGGGAUACAUGGACCGCCCCAGUGCAGGCUCCUACAGGGAUCCUUAUGAUGGUUACGGUAACUCACGCAGCGCCCCACCCUCAAGGGGCCCCCCACCAUCCUACGGUGGGAGUGGCGGAAGCAGUCGCUAUGACGACUAUGGCAGCAGCUCCCGGGAUGGAUAUGGCAGUCGCGACAGUUACCCCAGCAGUCGGAGCGACCCGUACUCUAGCCGAGGCGAGCGAAUGGGCAGGCAGGAUCGGGGGCCCGCCCCCCAGGUUGAUAGAGGCUACCCUCCACGUGACAUGUAUGGCAGCUCAAGCCGUGGGGCACCUCGUGGUGGUGGACGGGGAGGAAGUCGGGUUGAUCGAGGAAUCGCCCGCAGCAGAUACUGAAGCAGAACUCAAAAAAAAAAAAAAGUUUAAAGUGUUGAAGAUCGAGGGAGCGCUCUGAAGUUGUGCUCAUUUAGUUCACUGAUGCAGAAAAGGACACCAAAAUCUGGGACACUGGCAUUUUAAAUUUGUAUAGAUGACAAAAAAACUGUAGUUGAGCUCUCCCCUUAAUCUUUUAUCUGUUGUUACAUUGACUUAUGUUCCCGUCUGCUUUCCAUGUGAUAGAACUGUUGCCAUUUUAGUGACGUGUUCAGUUUUUUUUUUUUUUUUUUUUUAUUGUUAGUGCUGUUAAAGCUGAAUUUCCCUGGAAUAACAUGCCUUUCAUUUACAAAUAAAAUUUUUAUCAAAAUCUA